AUGAGUGCCUCGUUAACUAAUUUGACGUACGAUGGAGCCACUUAUGAAACAGGGCCUGGUGUGGAAGAACUGGAAUUCGAAGAACUACAGGUGGUGGAAAAAUGGCUCAACAGACCAGCUAGCGCGUGGGCCGUACAAAGAAUUGGCGUUCUGCAAUCGAAGAUAGAAUCAUAUACCUAUAAAAUAUACCAUAGAAGCCGGUACGGCAAACAUCCGUUAGCCAAGCUGAUACCGGCUCACAUACUUGUGCAGUAUGCGAACGAGGCGCUUGGCUUCGACGGCUGGUCUCUAGAAGUCUUGGAUAUCCACGUUACCAGCUGCAGAGCGGUUUUAGCACAGGAUACAGCCCAGGAACAGUGCGAACCGCGUCAUGAGGUACUUACGGAGGCCAAGGUUCGUGUCAAAUUGAAAGACGGCACUAACACAGAAUCCUCUGGUUUUGGGAAAGCUGCAGCCACUUCGAAAGGUGAAAGUUUCAGCAGAUCCAAAAAAGAGGCCGUUAAUGACGCUUUCAAGAAAUGCUUUCUGCAGUUUGAAGCUAUCAUCCUAAAACAUGAACAGCGGGUUUCGGACAACUAUUACGUAGACGGGCUCUACGGUUCCAAGUCCAAAAACGCCCCAAACAGCCGAAAUUAA